AAUAAUGUAAAUUUUGAGGGACAAACAAGGAACGUCCAUUACGGGAUACACAGGACACAUACGAGUACAUGACGGGAUAGACACGCAUGCUUGUCGCUGGCUGACCGCGGCCCGUCUGCCUGUAUUGCGGUGACUCAGAGGACACUCAGUGCCAGGCAGGCUGGGAGUGUACACGAAAGUGUUAACACACUGUAUUUUACGAACUGCGGGAUGAAGUCAAGCAGUUCAUGGAGGUGAAGGGAAAACCUGUCGGGGAACUCAAUGUGAUAGCAAGUGGCUGUUUGAUCGACUGCGCUCCAGACUGACCGACGCAAACCUGGAAAAGCAGUUGCGAGUAGCAACAUCAUCAAUACCAGCUAACAUCACACGCCUCACCAAAGAAAAGCAGUUCCAGCCAUCACAUUAGGGGCCACAGAUUCAAAGAUUGCUACCCUCUCAUGAAUGAAAAUACUACUCAACUUCAAUAAACUUAAGCACUGUGUUAAAAUACAUGGAAAUAGUAACUGAAAAAUAAUAUAAAUAUCAUAUAUAUGUAUGUUAUCCAUACUGUUUUAGUUUAACAAAACCUGAUAGCCAUAAUCAAGGAUCACAAUUGUUAAUUUAUGUAACCGAAUUCAGCACAAGUGCAGAUCCUGGUCUGUGAAACAAGCUCAUUUUGAAUCUCAGGUCCAAUACAUUGUUUUCGAUAUUACGAUGGGAAAAUGUUGACACCUAGUGGUAAGAAAGGUAGAGAUUUCCAUUCAUCUAUUUUCUAACCGCUUCUUCUCAUUCGAUACCGCGGGGGAGUCGGAGCCUGAACUGGGCAAGCAAAAUACGGAAGGCGGGAUUCACCCUGGAGCCUGGAGGGGACGUCAGUCAAUCUCAGGGCAGAAACACGAGAAACGCAGUAUCCCUAACCCUAAGAUAGGGCCAGUUUUCCCAGACUCCCGAUGCGAUUACAACCGACUAGUGCUUUUUUGGAUUGUGGGAGGAAACCGGAACAACCCACGCGAACACAAGAGAUAUACAAACUCCACACAGAUAGCACUGCAGGAUCGAGAACUAAACCAAGGGUUCAGGCGCUGCGAGGCAGCAACUUUAACCUCUCCCCUACCGUGCUGCACUGUUAAGAAUAUAUUUAUUUUAAACCGUUCUUAUUACACUAAAUCUAUAUUCAUCAAAAUCGUUUAGUGAUCUGCCUUAAAGUAAAAAAAAAACUGAAAACUAAUCAUUCAAAACUCUUUUGGAAAGAAUAGAACAUACUGGUGAUAUGAGAGAAGAAGGAGGACGAGGAGAAUGAAAGCACAGACUGUAAAACUUACUUUUUCACACAAGAACAUUACACUACAGUAUUACUAGUGUAUCGAUUUUUUUUCUAAGCGCUUCUUCCAAUUCUGGACCGCGGAGGCGCACAACAUAUUUUAUUUUCAAUUAUUAUACUGAAAACAAUCCUCAAGACCUUUAAAAAAUAAACACUAAAUUAAAAAUAAGACCCAAACACGUAUUACAGGUUGAUGUUUUAUAUUCAUUUACCCGUAGUCUAUUAAUAAAAAAAGUGUAUGUCUACAUUUCAUGAUACCGUGUUCAGUAUUACCCGAAAAGAGCUCACACUCCAUCGUACAAUGUACCCAAAUAGCUUUUUGGUAGACCUGUAAAUAAAAAAAAUACUAUAAUAAACAUGAUCUGCUAAAAGGAUCACGCUUCACUGGCUUGGGCUCAAGACAGGCGUGGCAGUUGCUACUGGAAACGGUUUGGUGUGACUUCCGGUUGAAGACGAAACGAUUCUUGACGUAAAAUAUGAAACUAUUAAAAUCUAAAAAUUAAAAAAAAAUCACUUCAGUUCAGUUCUUGAGACAAAAUAGCGAAGAAAAUGUCUGGAAAUUUGAGACCAACUCCAAAACCAUCUAAACAAUCUCCUGCUCAGAAAAAUGGGAAGCGAAAUGCCUUGGCCCCAACCAUUAACUGGUCAUCCUCAACCUCUUUGACCUCUAUAGAAGCUGAAUACAUUAAAAAUCUCCAGGAACAGGUUUAUCUUCUGGAGCUGGAAACAGCUUAUUUGCGUGAGAAGUCAGUAAAAGCUAUCAACAUUCAGCCAAAAGUCAGAUUACAGGCAGAGAGGACACUGCAUAAAAUGAAGGCUUUGCAAGCAGAGGUUGACAGUGCCACCAUGUCAGUUGAUAAAAAGGAUAAGUGCAUUGCAAGUCUGAAAUCAGAGAAGAAACAACUGCAAUGCGAGCUUCAGUCCAUGACUGAUACUAACUUCAGAAACAAAUUGCUAUUGACCGUGGAGCUGGAACAACUAAAGAAACUGAAAGAGGUUACUAGCCAAGAUUUGGACCACAAGACCAAGGAGCUAUUAAAUAUGAAAAGAGAGCUGGAGAGAACAUCAAUUACUGUCAAAGAGAAAGAGGAAAAGAUCAGGCUUUUGGAAGCCCAGCUGAAAUGGAAGGUGCAGCAUCAGCAGAGCACAGAAGCAGAGCUGGCAAAGAAGCGAGCAGAGCUGCUGGAAGCACAGGCUUCUCUCUACUGUCUGGAGGAGAAACAUCUUACAAGCACAGGCUCCAUUCAAGAGCACAUUGCCAAAGAGCUUCGUGAGGAGAUACGACACCUGAGGAUGCAGCUGACAGAAAGGCAGCUCUCGGGAGAAGAGGAUGACUAUGUGAAGAGUAAACUGGCAGAAAACUGUAGACGACUAACCAAAGAAAAUGCACAGCUCCUUUCACAAAUAACAGAAGUAUCCAAGCAGCUUGAAAAGUUCCAUGCGCUUAGGAAUGAAGACAAUAUGCGCAAAUCUAGCAGCAUUACAGAACUUGCAUCAUUGAAAGACCAGGAGAGACAGCUGGAGUGGGAGCUAGCCAACUGGAAACGAUCAGUGAAUGAGGAGAAGAUGAAAGUUUUGCAGUCUAUGGCAGAGCUACAUGAUCUGGAGCAAGUGAAAAGCUCAGCACAGGAGAAAAGGGCUUCUCUCGGCAGCCUGCUUUCAGAACUGGAAGGAAAGUACUCCAAGAUUCACACAGAAAAUGCAGAAAUCCGCGGCGAGAAAGUACAACUCGUGGAUUACAUAUCCCAGCUUAAUAAACAGAUUUUUGAUAAGGAGGAAGAAAUUCGGGGUUUGAAGAACCACACCCACACCUUAUCCAAUGAUCUGUCAAGCCUGAGAUGCUAGGCAAAAGUGUAAUUAAUUGACUGCAUCACACACAUCAUUUCUCUGAAUAAAGACAAACACCAGCCACAAAUAUAUAAAUCAAAAUAUAUUUGCUGUAUACUGGAUACACCUUGUUGAUGUUUCACAUGCAGAAUAUUUGCAAAAGUGUACUGCUCCUUUCAAUAUUUUCACAUUCUGAUUAAUUUUAAGUAAUGAACAGUGAUGACAACCUAUUAUUAAAAUUGUUGGGUCCAGGACAGCAGACACAUACUGUACAUAAACAGCUGUAAAGUUUGAGAAAAUAGUGCUCUUUAUUUUACAGCGAGGGAAAAUCAAAACAGACGCCAGAAACCAAACCAAACAAACAAAAAAACUAAAUCUUAGCUCCUUUUUCAGCUCUUGACUAGACUUUGUCCCCAUCUAUCAUACUGGGCAGGUAAGUUAAAUGUGAUUCACAUAAGGCCGCCAUGUUAUCUAAACCUGCUGUACUCUUAUAGUGAAGGAAGCUGAAUUUCAACAAAAUCUGGAAAGAAGAUAUUUUGAGUGAAUUUUGUACUAAACCCCAUAAGUUAGUACUUUGUGGAAGCAUCUUUGGUAGAAAUGACUGCUGCCAGCAUUGCACAGUAGGAUGAUAUAAUUUUCACUAUUCUUCCUAGUAGAAUUGCUCCAGUUUUGACAGGUUCAUUGGAGUUAUUUAAUGGACUAUAACUGUCAAACUUUACCAUAGUAUAGUAUGUAUUCUUAACAUAAAAUCUUAUUUGAAAGCAUUGUGAUAGCAAGCCCAGACAGCAACAGAAUGUGGAAACAUUGCAAAGGGUGAUUACGUUUGCAAGGCAGUGUACAGUACAUUGUAAUUCCUCAUUGUGUGUUAUAUUCCAAAGACUUUUGUAUAGCUGCAUACCUUAUGUGUAGUUUAUUGUAUUCCAUUCCAAUCCUACUUGGAGUCACAACUUUGUGUUUAGAUUAUACCUAAAAAGUAUUGUCCUCUAGAUUUGUUAAUAAAUUAUCAGAUUUAUGAAACAGGGAAAUAUCUACUUAAAAGCACUGUAAAGAGGACAUUUACCAUACAUGUACAACUCAUACUUGUACCAUGACAAUGACAUUAUGUAGAAAGUACAGUCUGUCUUUCAGCUAAAUAUUGAAUGGGUGGCAAUCCUGAGGGAAAAAAUAAUUUUAGAUUUCAAUCUUGGAUGGUGUACCUUCUGAAUAUGACAUUAAAAGUGAUUUAAUAAAUUCUCCUUCAACCUUA